AUGAUUGGUACCAAAAUUGGCACACUGGCGGCCACUACGACUGACCCGCGCCCCGUCUGGGUCUACAGUCUUUCAGGCACAGACGCGAACACUUUCGUGGUCAAUUCGGGCACUGGAGAAAUACUACUUGCCAAACCACUCGAUGUAACAAGGAUUCAGGUGAGCUGUUACCUCAACUAG